AUGGACGCGGUAAACCACAUCAAGCUGCGCGUCGAGCGCACCACAGCCCCUACGGUCCUUCGCGCCCUCCUCAACGCCAUCUUCUUCCAGCGAAAUCUUGACGCGAUCGAUCCCGUGACUGUCGAUAUCCUCGACACGCCCGUCGCGGUGGCCUCAUCAUUGAGCGCACCCGCUGCAGGCAGUAAGGCUGGCACACCAGUGCCUGCCGAAGUGGAGAUCAGGCGCGAGAUUUUGGCCAAGAUUGAUGAGUUCACCAAGACGUUUGUGGAUACGCGAGCGGACGGCGGAGAGAUCGCGGUCGUCUUCUUCCAGCGCAAGAAUCGGAAGGGGUGGUUUGCGGUCACUGAGGCUCUCGUCCCGUGGGAGGAGCAUCUCAUCACCCUGACCUUCGUCACUCGCGCGACGCAGAACCCGCUGCCCAGCGCCCUCCGCCAAGUCCUCACCUUCUGCGCGAAGCAUAAAGUUGGCGUCCCAUCCGCGCUCGGCAGCCCAGACCAAAGCACUCUCUCGCACGAGAUCAUCGUCGCUCCCCCGCCCCCAGCAGAGCUCUUCAAUCGGUCCGCAUCCCCACAUCCCGAACGCCUGCAUUCACCCCGCCCGGCCGAAACGUCCGGGACGACCUCGACAACUGGUGACACGGCUGUGGCCCCCGUGCCCGUGCGGCCGGCGCUGGAGCGCCGCUCGAACUCGCCGAUGACGGCCAUCAGCGACGCGGGGACCAGCGCCAUGGGAUAUCUCGGCCAAGCGAAGGACGGGUUGUUGGCCGUCGCACCCGCUACAAGCUCUCCGGACAGCUGA